AUGGAAAAUCUUAGAUUUAUGUUAAAUCCACAUGAUAGUUUAACACCAAUUUAUUUUGGUAGCAAACAACAAUAUUUAAAUGUGACUUUUAUGGCAAAUGAUCCCGGUUAUGUUUUAAGUAAAGAAGCAAUUCAACGUUUUUAUGAAUUAUUAUCAUCUAUAUCACCACCAGAAAAUUGUAAUUUAGAUGGUUAUGGUAAUGAAGAUAUUGAACUUGGUAAAUGUUUACAAACAAUUGGUGUUUUACCGGAUAAUCGUGUACUAUAUAGUCAAAGACUGUUUAUAUCAUUAAUUAUUGGAUUUAUAGCUGGUUUAUCAAUUGGUUAUUUCCUUGUUAUCACAUCAGAUCCAAAUUAUCAAUAUUAUUUGUAUCAUAAAUCAAUGCAAAUUGAAGAUUAUAUUGAAGUUUCAUCAAAUAAUAUAAUUGAACAUGUUCAUGAAUCAGAAAAUACAACAAUUGCUGAAACAUUAUAUGACAGGGUGAAAAUAUUAUGUUGGGUUAUAACAGAACCACAAAAUCAUGCAACACGUGCUAAAUAUGUUAAACAGACAUGGGGUAAAAGAUGCAAUAAAUUAAUAUUUAUUAGUACAGAAGAUGAUGAAGAAUUGGGUGCAAUUGGUGUAACACCAAAAAUCCCACAAUAUUGGGGAAUAACAAUUUCAACUUUACAGUACAUUUAUGAAAAUCAUUUGAAUGAAUAUGAUUGGUUUUUAAAGGCGGAUGAAGCAACUUAUGUUAUUGUAGAAAAUCUCAGAUAUAUGUUAAAUUCACAUAAUAGUGACGUACCAAUAUGGUUCGGUAGUAAGCAUCAAUCACCUGAAGCGGAUUAUAAUUCACGUGGUGCCGGUUAUGUUUUAAGUAGAGAAGCAGUUCGACAAUUUAUUGAAAAUGUAUUGCCAUCACCUAAACCCGGUUGUAAUAUAGAAGGUUAUGGUUAUGAUGAUUUUGAAUUGGGAUUAUGUUUUAAAACUAUUAAUGUUAUAAAUGGUGAUUCACGAGACUCUGAAGGUAGAACAAGAUUUUUUCCUUUAGCUCUUGCAGAUCAUUUGUUAUCACAACGUGAUGGACCAAAAGAUUGGUUUUAUGAUAGAAUUUAUUAUAAAACUGGUUUUAUGUUUACAAUAGAAUUUGUGAUUUAUCAUUUGAGACCAUAUGGAAUAUGGUCGAUGCCGUUCGAUAUACCAACAGAAAAAUAUACAUUGGAAGAUGAAUUAAGAUUAGUUAAGGAAGCUGAAAAAGAUAGAAUCAUUGUAUAA